AUGAGCCUCAAGGGGGACGUGAGCACCUUGUCCAGCCAACGCCCCACCUCGAAAGAUGCUAUCGUCAAUCUUGAUCGCGGAGAUCCGACCAUGUACGAGGCCUUCUGGAAGUCGGCGGGGGCUGACGCAGACACCUUCAUCCCCGGUUGGACGUCGAUGAGCUACUUCUCCGACGCCACCAAACUUUGCUUCUACCUUAACGCGCAGCUGACUCACCAAAUCCGACGCCUCCACAAUCUCGUCGGCAACGCCAUCGCCGGCGACGACCGUUUCAUCAUCGUCGGCACAGGCUCCAGCCAACUGUUCCAAGCGUCUCUAUACGCCCUGUCGCCGCCAGACGCCGCCGAGCCGAUGAGCGUCGUCUCGCUAGCUCCUUACUACUCCACGUAUGCACCAAUGACGGACUUACUUCAGUCCCGACUGCACAAGUGGGCGGGAGACGCAUCCAAGUUCGCCGGAGACAGGUACAUCGAGAUAGUCUGCACGCCUAAUAACCCCGACGGCUCAAUAAGAGAGGCAGUCCUCUGCUCCGGCGACGGGAAAACCAUCCACGAUUUGGCCUAUUACUGGCCUCAGUACACUGCGAUCACUCAUGCGGCGGACCACGACAUCAUGCUCUUCACUCUCUCAAAGAUCACUGGCCACGCCGGCUCUCGUAUUGGGUGGGCGGUGGUGAAGGACAGGGAGGUGGCGAAGAGGAUGAUGCAUUACAUCACGUUGAACUCGAUCGGAGUGGCGAAGGAGGCGCAGCUCCGGGCGGAGAAGAUUCUCCAGGUGGUGUCCGAUGGAUACGAGAACACUCCAAACCCCGACGUCGAGAUGAAACUGUUCCACUUUGGCAGGGAAAAGUUGGCCGUCCGUUGGCGGAAGCUGGUGGAGGCCGUGCAGGCCUCUGGCAUCUUCACUGUGCCCUCCUUCGAGCCGGCCUUCUGCAACUUCAUCGGCGAAGUGACUGAAAACCUCCCAGCUUUCGCGUGGAUCAAGUGCGAGAAGAAUGAAGUGGAGGAUCUGGAGCGUUAUCUGAAAGAGAAGGGAGUCAUAGUGCGAGGAGGGAUCCAGUUCGGGAUGGAGGCCAGGUACGCGCGCAUCAGCAUGCUGGAUCGCGAUUCGACCUUCGAUCUCUUCCUCGAAAGGCUCUCUGCCAUGUCUUGAGACCAGCCCUGCAAUCAUUUAGUUUAAU